AUGAGUGGUUCGCAGCACGUGUCGAGCACUUCCUUCUCCAUCCUCCACAUUAGGUUCACCGACUUGAAGAUGAGCUCUUCCGAGCCUUCGAGGCGGUUAGAUGCAAGGAGGCUUAUGCAUGUACGUAAGAGAUGGACGAUGGCCUUCUCGGAAAACGGGAUUGAGCGGGAACUGGGCUACCUCGAGGAGAUAGUCGUGAAGGCUGGGAACCGGUGUGCGUUGGCGCACGACAGUAGACUGAUCAGCUCCCAGCAGAAUCCGACAGUCUCGUCUUCCUCGAUUGGCGUGCUGAACUUCUGCCCCUUGCCGGCGGCCGCGAAUAUUAGGCAACGGCCAAGGUUGAGCAGAGAGUCUAUAGGAAGCGUCGAGCUCGUGCUGAAGAUGCUCCCGAUUCGACACUGUUGUAUUAUAGUCAUAUUCUGCUCGAACUCGCCCAUCCCGAGGUUCAAGGCCUCCUCCACGCUCUCCAUCGACAUGAAAUUCAGAAACCUCGCCAUUAUUCCCGAGCCUCGCCGCUUGUUUCCGAGCCUCGCGUCCUUCAGCUCUGGCAUGGGCGAGUUCGGCGCGUUUUCCGGCUCGACGACGGACUGCGGGAGAAGUUUGAGCCUCUUGAGCUUCAGCAGACAGUCGAUGAUCGUCCUCCAUCCGCCCCUGAUCGAGUCCUUGAACAUGUUGGCGAUGGUGAAGACUGCGAGGAUGGCCAUCUUCGGCUUCAUGUCGUGGCUGAACGCCGUCUCCUCGGCCGACGCGUACGGGUUGAGCAGUGUGGUGAACUUGCAGAACGAGCCGAGUAGCUCGUCGAGGACGUCCUCGAGCCCGUACUGCGCCACGCGGGCGAUCGAGAACAGCGCCUCGACGCAGCCGUGCAGCAUCUCCUCGUCGUCCGAGUGCUCGAAGGCCGCCGCCACCGUCGCCACCGCGGGCCCCGCGACGGCCGCAAACAUGUCCCGGCCGAGCCGCCGGUCGAACUCGCACGCGGCGAACGGCUGCGCGGCCUUGGCCCGGUUCACGAGCUGGACCCACCUGCUCGGGCUCAUCUCGGCCGCUGGCUGGCCCGACGAUGACUGGUCAAGGCUGAUUGCGUUCGUGGCGAUCGAGUGGAAGAGCUCGGAGAGGUACUCGCGCGGGAGGUCGCUCCCCCCGUUGAUGGAUCGAGGAUCAUUACCGCGUCCUUGCUGGCGAACAUGUCGGACGACUGCUGGUCGUAGAAUCUCUCCGAGAAGGCUUCGAGGAUGCGCUGUAUCUUCUGUGACUCCCCGGGGAGUCGGAAGCUCUCGAGGUUCGGAGGGCUGUGUCGAGGACCAUGCCCGUGAACUCGAACGUGUCGGUGAACUCCUUGAGGACUCGGAGGUGGAACUCGUCCGGUAUCUUUCUUUUCUGCACCUUGCGGACCCGAACGUAAUCGACCCAUGCCUCGUGAUCGUUCGUUCUGGGCCUUUCGGCCCAGUAAGGUCGGUAAGCAGGGAUUUCGACCGGGUAAGGGCCGGAUGGCGUCUGGUCGUCUUCCUUGUCGAUGUUAUCGGCUAUGUACUGGAAAAUUACGGUGAGGCCCUCGAAGGCCUGAGUCUGGAUGCUCGUGAGGUGGCCGCCCGUGGGGAAGGCGUACUUGCAGAGGAGCUUGCCCGUUUCUUCGAAAACAUUCCGGAAGGUGGGGUCGCAAUCGUAAUUUGCGUAGGCCUCGACGAUAAAUGUCGGCUGGCGGCAGAAGUUUAUGAUGCCCUCGACGGCUACCUCUUGGAGCUGAAGCGGGCUCCCUGGGCUUGCGGCCCGAAACAGGACAAAUGA